AUGUCAGAUAGCUACACCUCAUCGUCACUAUCGCACAAGCAAGCGGGGAUUCUUAAGCACCGAACGGAGGCUGUGGGAAACUCACGAAUAGAUGAAUACUCGAGCACCGACAAGAUCGAUACUAACAGUACGCUUGACAUGGAGGAGCUAAUUCAUAAAACUUCGCAAUUGAAGCUCGCAGAGCAAAGGUCUAGGUCUAGGUCCAAGAUGUGGGAGAUAGCAAGUCCGCUUAUAUUGACAGCAAUUUCAGCGUUUGUGCGGAUCUAUCGAAUUGAUAUGGCUAACAAGGUCAUUUGGGAUGAAGCUCAUUUCGGAAAAUUUGCAUCCCAGUAUUUAAAGCAGGAGCACUACUUUGAUGUCCAUCCACCAAUGGGAAAGCUUUUGUUAGGCCUCGCAGGAUAUUUGGCCGAAUAUGACGGCUCUUUUGAAUUCAAAAGUGGCCAAGUUUACCCAGACUCUGUUAAUUUUGUUGUGAUGAGGCUUUUUAGUUGCAUUUUUGGGGUAUUAACCACUCCUUUAGCCUACCAGACAUCUCUUCGGAUGGGCUAUAGUCAGCAAGCGUGUUGGCUUAUAUCGCUUAUGGUAACCUUUGAACAAAUGUCGUUGACGUUGUCAAGAUUUAUUUUACUUGACUCUAUUUUGCUUUUUUUUGCUGCAUUUACGUUUUUUGGAUUGUUGAACCUACAUAAAGUAGUUGUGGCCAACCGCGAUUUGACCAAAGAAGGUCUCAAAUGGUUUACAUUGACGGGUUUGCUGAUAGGGUGUGUAUGUUCAGUUAAAUGGGUUGGGUUGUUCAUCACCUCAGUAGUGGGACUCUACACAGCAAUAGACUUGCUACUUAAGACGCUAAGACAAAUGUCAAGCAGCAGACAAAGUCAUUUAAAGUACUUGGGUCAUUGGAUAGUACGAGUCGCAACUUUGAUUAUGUUACCAAUGCUGAUCUACAUGGCUGCGUUCAAAGUGCAUUUUACAGUGCUCAAGUAUGCAGGAGAUGCAACUGGAUCAACAUCAACGCUUUUGCAAGCUUCAUUUGUGAAUAGUGAUUUGUUAAGUGGACCAAGAUCUGUUUCAUUUGAGUCCAUGGUCACGAUUCGGUCCUUGGGUUUGUCGCCAAACCUCCUUCAUUCGCACGAGCACAAUUACCCAAUGGGGUCUCAAGAGCAACAAAUCACAGCGUACGCAUUCAAAGAUGCAAACAACCAGUUUGUGAUUAAGCAUCCACUGCAUGAACUGUACCACUCAAUCACGAAUACUACUCUCAUUGAAAACUUCGACACGUUUCGCAUCAUGCACAACAAAACGGGGUGUUACUUGAGAUCGCAACCUAUAAACGCAGCAUUGAGUGAUCACGACUUUGAAGUUUCAUGUACUUAUGAAGAUGAAUCAGAAAACAAAGAAGAACAGGAGUGGGUCCUUGAGAUUCAGGGACAAGAAAAGUCCCCAAUACCGCAGUUUCAAAACGAAAGCGAAAUGGAAUUGCAUCCGAUCUCCACUAGCUUUAGGUUAAGAAACAAACAUCUUGGCUGUUAUUUGGCAUCUACAGGACGAGAAUACCCACCAUGGGGAUUUCGACAAGGAGAAGUUGUUUGCAAGUACUCUUUGUUCAGUAAAGAUAAGACUACAUGGUGGAAUGUUGAGGAUCACCAAAACUCAGCUUUGAACUUGCCCGCAAUUCCGUACGUUCCACCAAAGCCAAACUUUUGGAAAGAGUUCGUGUUAUUGAACUACGGGAUGAUGAUUUCAAACAGCGCCCUUCUUCCGGACCCUGAUAGAUUUGACAGAUUAAGCUCUGAAUGGUGGGAGUGGCCUAUUUUGCGUACAGGAUUAAGAAUGAGCGGCUGGGGAGAAAACGACUUUAAGUGUUUUUUAAUCGGCAACCCUCUUAUUACAUGGUCUUCAUCGUGCGCCCUAGUAAUUUCUGUACUCAUCCUCGCGAAGAUGUUGUUUGGAUAUCAGAGACAACAGCAACAACAACAACAACAACAACAACAACAACGGAACGAAGAAUACCUAAUUCCCUGCUUGAUUCUUCCACUUGCUGCAUGGAUAUUCAACCUACUUCCCUUUUUAUUCAUGGGAAGAGUCAAGUACUUGCACCAUUACAUGCCUGCUCAAUAUUUUGCAAUUUUUGUUACUGGGUUUGUCGUGGAUAGAAUGUUGAGCUCCAACAAGAUUCCGUCUUUUAUUCGCAAUCUUGUAUACGUGGUGAUAUAUAUUCUAAUAGCAGUAACAUUUUGGAAACUCAAAGACCUUGCCUACGGCAUGGUGGGCUCACCAAAGAAUUUCCGUCAUCUACGUUUACUUUCAACAUGGAUGAUUUAG